AAUUGUUGAAUUUGUUGGUUGAUGGGUGCUUCUAUUUAGGAAGUUUGCGAAAGGUUGAAACAGAAAUUUAAAAAAUAACAAAUAAAAAUAAAUAAUAUGUAUGAAAAUUAAUUAAUUAGAAAUAUCGAAAACAUGAAAAUUACAAUAAAUAAAAAAAUAACAUUAUGGAUUACAAUAGCGGCGAUUAUUGUAGUAGCAUUGAUACUAGGACUCGUAUUCGGCCUUAAAGGAAAAAAUAAAUCUCAAAUUGUGGGCGCAGUAGUAUCGAACGGUAGAGGAUGUGCUGAAAUUGGAAGUCAAAUGUUAACUGAUGGUGGCUCCGCUGUUGAUGCUGCUAUAGCUACACUGAUAUGUGAAGGAGUUAUAUUGCCUCAUAGUAUGGGCAUUGGCGGUGGAUUUGUGGCUACAGUUUAUACCAAAAAACUUGGCAGAAUAGAGACAUUAAUCGCGCGAGAGUCUGCCCCUGCUGCUGCUCAUAAAGAUAUGUUUGUGGGCCAAACUUCAAUUACAGGUGCAAAAGCGGGGGCUGUUCCAGGAGAGAUACUUGGUUAUUGGGAAUUACACCAAAGAUACGGCCGUUUGCCGUGGAAAGUUCUGUUUCAACCCAGUAUUAAACUUUGCAAAGAAGGCCAUUGGGUGUCCAAGUAUUUAGCUGCUGCCCUACUUUCUAAAGAAGCCGCUAUUCGAAAUGAACCCACAAUGGCUGAAAUAUUUGUAAAAGAAGAUGGCUCGUUGUAUAAAGAAGGGGAUUACAUGAAGCGGCCUGCUCUGGGUAAUACUUUAGAAAAAAUCGCCAUUAAUGGAGUUGGAGAAAUGUAUGACGGUGGAGAGACCGGCAAAAUGUUUGCUGAGGACAUACAAGAAAUGGGUGGCAUAAUAACAGAACAAGACUUAAAAACUUAUAAGGUUAAAUGGGACGAUACACAUCAUGUUGUAGCUAAUGUUACAGGGGGUUAUAAGUUAUACACGACGCCUUUGCCAUCUAGUGGUGCUCUCUUAGCUUUCAUAUUAAAUGUUAUGAGCGAUUUAUAUACAACGGAUCAGGAAAUAUACUGGCAACGAGUUAUCGAAACUUUUAAACAUGCUUAUGGUCAACGAACUAAUUUGGGAGAUAUUGAAAAAGAGACGGAAAUGUAUGAUACAAUUAAAGAAACAUUUGACAAACUUAUUAGCCAAGAAUUUGCUAAUGACGUUCGUAAGCUAAUACACGACGAGACAACAUUUGAUGACAUGGCCUACUAUGGAGCAAAUUUCACAAUCGAAGAAGAUCACGGCACAGCGAAUAUGGCGGUUUUAGCAGAAAAUGGUGAUGCCAUCACAGUUACGAGUACCGUUAAUAGCUAUUUUGGUUCAAAGGUGCGUUCAAGAAGAACCGGCAUUAUAUUGAAUGAUGAAAUGGACGAUUUUUCAACGCCUGGCGUUAUCAAUUCAUAUGGUGUCCCAGCAUCUCCAGCUAACUACAUCAAGCCUGGGAAACGGCCAAUGUCUUCAAUGUGCCCAGCUAUAAUCCUAGAUAAAGAGGGCAAUGUUAAAAUGUUAGUAGGUGCUGCGGGUGGAACGAAAAUUACUACUUCAAUUGCAGCGACUAUAAUGAAAUAUUUGAUAUUUAAUGAAACUAUGCAUCAGUCCGUCAAUGAUGGACGGCUUCAUCAUCAAUUAGCACCUAUGCGAAUUGAUGCAGAAAUAGAAGUCCCGAUAAAUGUACGCAAUUAUUUAACUAAAGUAGGUCAUGAUUUAAGCAUAUUACCUGCGGGUAGUGGAUUUGCAGCCGUAACUGCCAUCGGUGUUCGGACCGGAGUUCCAGAACCCUUUUACGAUCGUCGUAGAGUUGGCAGUACUGCUACUAUACAAUCGCGAAAUAAAAUGCAUCAUUAGCCGAUAAGAAAUCCAUAUCAAAACGUACAGAAAACAGUUAUUUUCGGAUUUACACUUUCAAAUUUAAUGCAAUUUACGAUACGUAUUAUGGUUUGACAGUGUUCCUCAAAUCAAUGGCUUUUUGAGCGGAAACCUGUUUCAGUCCAAAAAUAUAGCGAUUUGAAAAAUA